CCCUAGAGGACACACCUCCUUUUAGCUAGGUACCUAUAAAUGUCAAGGAUUUUCUAUUCAAUUAAGAACCCAGCAAAAUGGGGAUCUCCACGGUCAUCCUUGAAAUAUGUCUAUUAUGGGGACAAGUUCUAUCUACAGCAGCAAUAAGCGUGAGACACGCCACAGAAACUGGUUUUCAGGAGACUCGGGUGAUGACUGCUUCUGAAUCAUCUCAUCUCACAAUACCCAGUGAGUGGAUCCCAAGUACUGCAGACUACGGUUCUCUCAUUACCUCGGAGGAGUCCCUGGAGGUAACAUCAGUAGAAGGUACUGUGUUUCCCUCGGAGGCGCUCCUGGAGUCAACUGCAGCAGAAGCUGUGCUCAUCUCUGGCCAGCCUAUGGUGCUGGAUCUCUGGCUACAGGGCCUUGAGAGGCAGGAGAAGCUCAAGGACAACAUUCUCACCAAAGCCUCUGCCCUGCCCAGGGUUGGCAUGCAGCAGUUGGGAAUGCUGAUGGAGUGUACAAGAGAAAUUCUGUGCCUUCCUCUAGGAUCUGAUUAUGAUUUGGCUCUGAGACUGGUGAAUGGAGAUGGCAGGUGUCAGGGCCGGGUGGAGGUCCUGUAUCAAGGCUCCUGGGGCACAGUGUGUGAUGAUAGCUGGGACACCAAUGAUGCCAACGUGGUCUGCAGGCAGCUGGGUUGUGGCUGGGCCAUGUCAGCUCCAGGAAAUGCCUGGUUUGGCCAGGGCUCAGGACCCAUUGUCCUGGAUGACGUGCGCUGCUCAGGGUACGAGUCCUACCUGUGGAGCUGCCCCCACAAUGGCUGGCUCUCCCAUAACUGUGGCCAUAGUGAAGAUGCUGGUGUUAUCUGCUCAGCUGCCCAGCCUCAGUCGACGCUCAGGCCAGACAGUUGGCCUGUCAGGAUAUCACCUGUACUCAAAGAAGGACCUGAAUCCAGUUUGGCCCUGAGGCUGGUGAAUGGAGGUAACAGGUGUCAGGGCCGAGUGGAGGUCCUAUACCGAGGCUCCUGGGGCACCGUGUGUGAUGACUCCUGGGACACCAGUGACGCCAAUGUGGUCUGCAGGCAGCUGGGCUGUGGCUGGGCCACGUCAGCCCCAGGAAAUGCCCGGUUUGGCCAGGGCUCAGGACCCAUUGUCCUGGAUGACGUGCGCUGCUCAGGACAUGAGUCCUACCUGUGGAGCUGCCCCCACAAUGGCUGGCUCUCCCACAACUGUCAGCACAGUGAAGACGCUGGUGUCAUCUGCUCAGACGCGUUGCCAACCACCACCUUACCGGCAUCGACAGUAGGACCUGAAUCCAGUUUGGCCCUGAGGCUGGUGAAUGGAGGUGACAGGUGUCAGGGCCGAGUGGAGGUCCUAUACCAAGGCUCCUGGGGCACCGUGUGUGAUGACAGCUGGGACACCAAUGAUGCCAGUGUGGUCUGCAGGCAGCUGGGCUGUGGCUGGGCCACAUCAGCUCCAGGAAGUGCCCGGUUUGGCCAGGGCUCAGGACCCAUUGUCCUGGAUGACGUGCGCUGCUCAGGGAAUGAGUCGUACCUGUGGAACUGCCCCCACAAUGGCUGGCUCUCCCACAACUGUGGCCAUCAUGAAGACGCUGGUGUCAUCUGCACAGGACCUGAAUCCAGUUGGGCCCUGAGGAGCUGCUGCAGGCAGCUGGGCUGUGGCUGGGCCACAUCAGCCCCAGGAAAUGCCCGGUUUGGCCAGGGCUCAGGACCCAUUGUCCUGGAUGACGUGAGCUGCUCAGGGCACGAGUCCUACCUGUGGAACUGUCCCCACAGAGGCUGGCUCUCCCACAACUGUGGCCAUCAGGAAGACGCUGGUGUCAUCUGCUCAGGACCUGAAUCCAGUUUGGCCCUGAGGCUGGUGAAUGGAGGUGACAGGUGUCAGGGCCGAGUGGAGGUCCUAUACCGAGGCUCCUGGGGCACUGUGUGUGAUGACAGCUGGGACACCAAUGAUGCCAAUGUGGUCUGCAGGCAGCUGGGCUGUGGCUGGGCCAUAUCAGCCCCAGGAAAUGCUCGGUUUGGGCAGGGCUCAGGACCCAUUGUCCUGGACGACGUGCGCUGCUCAGGGCAUGAGUCCUACCUGUGGAAUUGCUCCCACAAUGGCUGGCUCUCCCACAACUGUGGCCAUAGUGAAGACGCUGGUGUCAUCUGCUCAGACACGUUGUCGACCACCACCUUACCUGCAUCGACAGUAGGAUCUGAAUCCAGUUUGGCCGUGAGGCUGGUGAAUGGAAGUGACAGGUGUCAGGGCCGAGUAGAGGUCCUAUACCAAGGCUCCUGGGGCACCGUGUGUGAUGACAGCUGGGACACCAGUGAUGCCAAUGUGGUCUGCAGGCAGCUGGGCUGUGGCUGGGCCACAUCAGCCCCAGGAAAUGCCCGGUUUGGCCAGGGGUCAGGACCCAUUGUCCUGGAUGAUGUGCGCUGCUCAGGACACGAGUCCUACCUGUGGAGCUGCCCCCACAAUGGCUGGCUCUCCCACAACUGUGGCCAUCAUGAAGACGCUGGUGUCAUCUGCUCAGUUUCCCAGUCCCAGUCGACACCCGGUCCAGACACUUGGCUAACCUCACCUGCGUCAACAGCAGGAUCUGAAUCCAGUUUGGCCCUGAGGCUGGUGAAUGGAGGUGACAGGUGUCAGGGCCGAGUGGAGGUCCUAUACCGAGGCUCCUGGGGCACCGUGUGUGAUGACUACUGGGACACCAAUGAUGCCAAUGUGGUCUGCAGGCAGCUGGGCUGUGGCUGGGCCACAUCAGCCCCAGGAAAUGCCCGGUUUGGCCAGGGCUCAGGACCCAUUGUCCUGGAUGACAUGAGCUGCUCAGGACAGGAGUCCUACCUGUGGAACUGUCCCCACAGAGGCUGGCUCUCCCACAACUGUGGCCAUCAUGAGGACGCUGGUGUCAUUUGCUCAGGUGGGCCUUCAAGACCUUGGGCUCCCACUCUUAAGUUCCAGUUUGCUCGGGAAGAAAAUCCUAAUUACAUUCUGAUCUCCUCACUCAAAGCUUCUUCUCUGUUUUCUAUAUUUCUCUGCCUCAGCUCCAGUCAAAACGCCAAAGCCAGGCCACAGACCUGCGACCUGACGAAGAGUGGGCGAACAGUGGCUGUCCCUCGCCGCUGUCUGGCCAAUAUCCUGCAUCAUACCUGGCACUUGUUACACAGCCCAGAGAGGACCACUGCGGGUGCACCCCAACUCCUGAACAUGAGAAGGACUCGGCCUCCCUUCUUGCGAGCUCUGCGGCUUCAUCGUUGUGAGAAUGGAGGCUCAGAUGAAGGAGAACUGAAUCCAGUUAUGCCCCCUGACGGCCUUGGUGAACUGGACAGGCUUGACCAGGUGGUCAGGGCGAAUACUUGGCUCACCACCAACUUACUGACACCGCCAAUAGGAUCUGAAUCCAGUUUGGCCCUGAGGCUAGUGAAUGGAGGUAACAGGUGUCAGGGUCGAGUGGAGGUCCUAUACCGAGGCUCCUGGGGCACCGUGUGUGACGACUACUGGGACACCAAUGAUGCCAAUGUGGUCUGCAGGCAGCUGGGCUGUGGCUGGGCCACAUCAGCCCCAGGAAAUGCCCGGUUUGGCCAGGGCUCAGGACCCAUAGUUCUGGAUGACGUGCGCUGCUCAGGACAGGAGUCCUACCUGUGGAACUGUCCCCACAGAGGCUGGCUCUCCCACAACUGUGGCCAUCAUGAAGACGCUGGUGUCAUCUGCUCAGUUUUCCUGUCUCUUCUAGAAUCCAAUUCUGGUGUGGCCCUGAGGCUGGUGAAUGGAAGUGACAGGUGUCGAGUGGAGGUCCUAUACCAAGGCUCCUGGGGCACCAUGUAUGAUGACAGCUGGGACACCAAUGAUGCCAAUGUGGUCUGCAGGCAGCUGGGCUGUGGCUGGGCCAUGUCAGCCCCUGGAAAUGCCCAGUUUGGUCAGGGCUCAGGACCCAUUGUCCUGGAUGACGUGCGCUGCUCAGGGAACGAGUCCUACCUGUGGAGCUGCCCCCACAAUGACUGGCUCUCCCACAACUGUCAGCAUAGUGAAGCCACUGUCAUCUGUUCAGCCACCCAAAUAAAUUCUACUGUGUCAGAUUGGUGGCAUCCAACAACUACAAUCACUACAAGACCCUCUUCAAAUUGUGGUGGCUUCUUAUUCAGUGCCAGUGGGACAUUCUCCAGCCCAUCCUACCCUGCAUACUACCCCAACAAUGCUAAGUGUGUUUGGGAAAUAGAAGUGAAUUCUGGUUAUCGCAUAAACCUGGGCUUCAGUAAUCUGCAGCUGGAGGCACACUAUAACUGCAGUUUUGAUUAUGUUGAAAUCUUUGAUGGAUCAUUAAAUAGCAGUCACCUGCUGGGGAAAAUCUGUAAUGAUACCAGGCAAAUAUUUACAUCUUCUUACAACCGAAUGACCAUUCACUUUCGAAGUGACAUCAGUUUCCAAAACACCGGCUUUUUGGCUUGGUAUAACUCUUUCCCAAGCGAUGCCACCUUGAGGUUGGUCAAUUUAAACUCAUCCUACGGUCUAUGUGCCGGGCGUGUUGAAAUUUACCAUGGUGGCACCUGGGGGACAGUUUGUGAUGACUCCUGGACCAUUCACGAAGCUGAGGUGGUCUGCAGACAGCUGGGGUGUGGACGUGCAGUUUCAGCCCUUGGAAACGCCUAUUUUGGCGCUGGCUCUGGCCCCAUCACCCUGGACGAUGUAGAGUGCUCAGGGACGGAAUCCACUCUCUGGCAGUGCCGGAACCGAGGCUGGUUCUCCCACAACUGUCGUCACAACGAAGAUGCUGGUGUCAUCUGCUCAGGAAACCCACUAUCGACACCUGCUCCUUUUCUCAACGUCACCCGUCCAAACACAAAUUAUUCCUGUGGAGGCUUCCUGUCCCAACCAUCAGGGGACUUUUCCAGCCCAUUCUAUCCCAGGAACUAUCCGAACAAUGCCAAGUGUGUGUGGGACAUUGAGGUGCAAAACAACCACCAUGUGACGGUGGUCUUCAGAGAUGUCCAGCUUGAAGGUGGCUGCAACUAUGAUUACGUUGAAGUGUUUGAUGGCCCCUACCACAGUUCCCCUCUCAUUGCUCGAGUUUGUGAUGGGGCCAGAGGCUCCUUCACUUCCUCCUCCAACUUCAUGUCCAUUCGCUUCGUCAGUGACCACAGCAUCACGAGGAGAGGGUUCCGGGCUGAGUACUACUCCAGUCCCUCCAAUGACAGCACCAACCUGCUCUGUCUGCCAAAUCACAUGCAAGCCAGCGUGAGCAGGAGCUACCUCCAAUCCUUGGGCUUUUCUGCCAGUGACCUUGUCAUUUCCACCUGGAAUGGGUACUACGAGUGUCGGCCCCAGAUAACACCGAACCUGGUGAUAUUCACAAUUCCCUACUCAGGCUGCGGCACCUUCAAGCAGGUAGACAAUGACACCAUCGACUAUUCCAACUUCCUCACAGCAGCUCACGUGGCAUCAUCACGGGGCAUCAUCACGAGGAGGAAGAACUUCCGUAUUCACGUCAGCUGCAGGAUGCUUCAGAACACCUGGGUCAACACCAUGUACAUUGCUAAUGACACCAUCCAGGUCGAGGAAGUCCAGUAUGGCAAUUUUGACGUGAACGUUUCCUUUUAUACUUCCUCCUCUUUCUUGUAUCCUGUGACCAGCCACCCUUACUAUGUGAAGCUGAACCAGGACUUGUACGUUCAGGCUGAAAUCCUCCAUUCUGAUGCUGCACUGACCUUGUUUGUGGACACCUGCGUGGCAUCACCAUACUCCAAUGACUUCACGUCUUUGAAUUAUGAUCUAAUCCGGAGUGGAUGCGUGAGGGAUGACACCUACGGAUCCUACUCCCAGCCGUCUCCUCGCAUUGCCCGCUUCCGGUUCAGGGCCUUCCACUUCCUGAACCGCUUCCCCUCCGUGUACCUGCGUUGUAAAAUGGUGGUGUGCAGGGCAUAUGACCCCUCUUCCCGCUGCAACCGAGGCUGUGUGAUGAGGUCCAAGAGGGAUGUGGGCUCCUACCAGGAAAAGGACGUCGUCCUGGGUCCCAUCCAGCUGCAGACACCCCCACGCCUAGAAGAGGAACCACAGUAGGUGGUCGCUGUCAGACCCCACUGCCCACCGGGGCACAGACCCCUGACUCUCGGGGACUUGGGAUGUUUCUCUUGGUGUCAUACUCCAACUCAAAUUGAGCUCUACACUGUGCUGCACCUGGUCAUACAGAGUUGAAUCAGACCUGGUUCCUGCCUUCCCCAAGGCUCAUGGUCCUUAGAGGACCCAUUGCAGGGCGAGGUCAAGAGAGUUCUGACCUGGAUGGCCCAUAGACCUGACGUCCUAGAAUCCAUGCUUCUCACCUGUGAAAUGAAAAUGUCAAUACUUACUUCUUAGCACUGUUGAGAGGGUUACAUAAAAGAAUUUUGGUGAAACUGC